CAAUUUUCAGUCGUGUUUCGUAGUUGAAUAUUGUCGGUUAUGUGUGGCGCUCCGAUAUUUUGAGUAAAGUGGUAAAUAAAUCGUGUAUAAAGUGACUCUGUACGGUUUGGCGUAAGGGCAAUAACAACAAUCGUAAUUAAAUGUGUUAUUAUUUUGCUGCUGCUUUAACGUAAAGUUUGUGCUACGGUACUUAAUUAAAUACUUAAAAAUCCAAGUGUCCAACAGGUGUCGGCAUACUAUUAGAACAUACGUGUUAUACAUACAUACGAGUGCAGUCGGUAAAAUGGUAGCAACAAAUAUGUGUUCGUGAAUGUGUUUUAAAAAUAAAUUUCAGGAAAUCUAUAAAAAAAAAGAAUUAUUUCAAAUUAUCAGCAGUCUGUGUAAGAUUGUCUAAUUUAAUAAAGAGCAAAAGGUGAUUGAUGUCAGUGUUUCCUAUUUAAAAUAGUAGAAAAACUUACAUGCAUAUAUAUAACACAUACAUAUACAAGUUUACAUUCGAUUCGAAAAAUCAAUGAAAUAUUAAAAUAAAUUAUAAAUAUUAUGCAAAUACGUUCGAAUCGACUAAUUAAGUGAAUAAUUAUUGAUAUUAGCUAGAAGCGUCGGCAUAAUCUCAACAGCAACAUCAGCCAUCAAUCUUUUGAUUAUCCACUACCUAUUGAAUACAUAAUUAAAGUUGAAAAUUGCUAUAAAUUACUUUUUGAGUGUUCUUUAGAAGAAGAAGAAAACACGGAAAUCUCUUUGAAUUUAAGACAUAUCUACAUAUAUACGAAUGUGAAGCAGACAGAUGCUCUAGAAAACCUUUGAAGAGGUCAUGAGACAAACUCAUACAAAUACGAGUACUACACACAUUUGUGCCGUUAUUAAUUGCUCUAGCUAAUGAAAUUUCCAUAAAGCUGUCAACAUGACGUAGUACUGAGCGUCCGAUAAAUAACCGUAAAAUUACGCCAAUUUGGAUCGACUCCAAAUAAAAAAAUACAAAUUUUCCCGAAUGAAACUGUGAUAGUGGCAAUAAAAUAUACUUGAGACUGCAAUUGCAAAUAACAACAGCAACAAAAUGCAGUCGGAGCGAAAACAGCAAAUUGCACUUAUUGCCGCCAUAUCCCUAAUAUUUAUGCUCAAUUUGUUGCUGACGACAGCUGCGGCCAAAGAGAAUAUUCCAACCACGAGCAUAUACGCAAAUGAGGAUUUGCGAGAUGAAUAUAAAACAAAUGAGCGUCAUAGCCAACAAAAUCGGAAACAUCAACACCAUCAGCAGCAGCGACGACAGCAGCAACAUCAUCGCCGGCAUGAGCUGCACGAACGCGAAAAGCGUGAAGGGGACCAGGUUGGGCAGACAUAUGAUGGCCCGGAUAGAGCGAAUCAACAUCGUACACAUCAACAUCAGCACCAACAACAUACGCAACAUCAUCAUCAACCGCAGCAGCACUCUCGUCAAUAUCGCCAGCAUCGUGGCCACACACAAAAUCCCGCGGUUGGUGGCUACGCCGCAAGUUACCUCAGCGGUAGUUAUCCUGCAUCGUUCUCAUCCGAUGCUUCGUCGGCAGCGCACUCCAAACGGUACUCACGUGACUCGCGUGACUCGUCGGCAUUUCCGGCACGUGAACGUAAGCCUAACAUUAUUCUAAUACUCACCGAUGACCAGGACGUCGAGUUGGGUUCAUUGAAUUUUAUGCCGCGUACACUGCGUUGGCUACGAGAUGGCGGUACAGAAUUCCGUCACGCCUACACCACCACGCCAAUGUGCUGUCCGGCGCGCUCAUCACUGCUAACCGGCAUGUACGUGCACAAUCACAUGGUCUUCACCAAUAAUGACAACUGCUCGAGUCCACAAUGGCAGGCCACGCACGAAACUCGCUCCUUUGCCACAUAUCUCUCGAAUGCCGGCUAUCGCACAGGGUAUUUUGGCAAGUACCUGAACAAAUACAAUGGAUCGUACAUACCACCAGGCUGGCGGGAAUGGGGUGGUCUCAUUAUGAACUCCAAAUAUUAUAAUUACAGCAUCAAUAUGAACGGACAGAAGAUCAAGCAUGGAUUCGAGUACGCAAAGGACUAUUAUCCAGAUUUGAUAGCGAAUGACUCAAUCGCAUUUUUACGAUCAUCGAAACAACAAAACCAAAGAAAACCUGUGAUGUUGACUAUGAGUUUUCCGGCGCCACAUGGGCCCGAAGACUCAGCGCCACAAUAUAGCCAUCUCUUCUUCAACGUAACGACACAUCACACACCAUCUUAUGACCACGCGCCCAAUCCGGACAAACAGUGGAUACUACGCGUUACUCAACCAAUGGAACCAGUUCAUAAACGUUUCACGAAUCUAUUGAUGACAAAGCGACUACAAACCUUACAGAGUGUAGAUGUUGCUGUUGAACGUGUCUGCAAUGAACUCAAAGCCUUAGGUGAACUUGAUAAUACAUAUAUUAUCUAUACCUCCGAUCAUGGUUAUCAUUUGGGUCAGUUCGGUUUGAUAAAGGGUAAAAGCUUCCCAUUUGAGUUUGACGUGCGUGUACCUUUCCUUAUACGUGGACCAGGUAUACAGCCAGCAAGAGUUGUGGACGAAAUCGUCUUGAAUGUGGAUUUAGCGCCCACUUUCCUAGAUAUCGGUGGCGUUUCAACGCCUCAGCAUAUGGAUGGGCGCAGCAUUUUGCCACUGCUUUUCAGCAGACAGCGUAAUGUACGCGAACAGUGGCCAGAUACAUUUUUAAUUGAGAGCUCCGGCCGGCGUGAGACACCCGAACAAAUUGCGGAAUCUCGUUUACGACUACAAGCCGAUCGCCAGAAUAUGAGGCUAGCGAAUAGCACAUUUAUAAACGAGUCGCCGUUCAACGAGAGUACAACAGCAAGAUCGUUAAUAGAUCUGAUCGAUUUGGAAUCACAUGAAGAUACCGAAUUCGAAGAGGACGUGGGUUCAGAAGCGGAAAUAGAAGGGAGAGUGGGCACGGAAAUAGAAGAUGAUGCUGAAGAUGAUUUAGACACAGAUACUGAGGAUGACGUUUCUUCAGGUGUGGUAGAUGAAGAUAUAGAAGAAGAUGUAGAAGAGGAAACAGCUCAGGAAGAGGGUUUAGAGCAGGAACAACAAGAUCAAUUCGACAAUAAUCUACCAAUGAUGGCGCCAUAUAUGACGAAAAUGAUGCGCUUGAACUCCGAAUGCUCUGAUCCGGCCUUGUUGGAAAAUUGUCGCCCAGGACAGAAGUGGAAAUGUGUGAACGAGGAUGGUCGUUGGCGGAAACACAAGUGUAAAUUUCAUCUUCAGCAUCAUCUCGAAGAGAUAUCUAAAUUUUCGAAGAAGGACACUAAACGUAAUUGUGCUUGCUUUACUCCAGAGGGCGUUGUUUACACGAAAAUCAAAACGAACCGCAAUUACUUCGAAGGCGAUCGUAUUCGAAAAAGAACUCAAAAUCAGUCAAGAUUUUCACGUCGUAAUAAACGCUCAUUAGAUGAACACUCUGAUUCCAAUGAAGUCUUCCACACCGAGCUGCCAUACGAGAUGGAAGAACUGCUCGAUCUUCAAGACACACUUUCCACUGUAGAAGCACAUUUGACGAAACCGAAGCGUAUCAAACGCGAGCUAAUGUCCAGCUUCUUCGAAACACCUUCUUCUUCCACUGACAUCGUAAAUGGCGGUGAAGGCGGAAAAGUGGGCCACAACUCAUCGAACGAUGCAAUCUCCAAAGUUAUACAGGAAAUACAAAAUACGCUCGAAACACUCGAAUUAAAAUUUAUCGCACCAAAUGACGCGCAUCAACCUAAUUCCACAACUACCUUGUCGGCAUCUGGCUUCGUACGCAGUGGUAAGUUUCCCAAGGUGGGUGGUCGUGUGGGCACACGUUGUUACAUUGAGUCGCAAACGGGCAAGGUCAACUGCUCCGAUGUUAUUUACGAUGAUGAAAAGACAUGGCGCAAGUCACGCAAUCAAAUUGAUAUGCUAAUCAAAGUGCUCAAGGACAAAAUAACACAUUUAAAGGAUAUUAAGAAGCAGAUGCGCGAGAAUAAACAACAACAACAGGGCCAACAGCAACAGCAACAGCAACAAUUGCAUUACAAUUCAGGAAGGUAUUGGGAUAGAGACUAUGCGCCACGCACAAGUGGUAGUGGUGUGAACAGACAUCGCAUGGAAGAGCAAGAGCACGGCGAGGAGUUGCCUUACAAUAUGUCGGAUUACUUGGGGCGAAGGCAGAAAGCACGUCGCCGCAAUGGUGGCGGCGGUGCUGGUGCCAACAGCAAUAAUAAUUUCUAUCAGCGUGGUGGCUUCAAUCACCAAAACUACAAUCACCGCACAUACCAGCGACAACAUUUGCCUGUCGGCAAUGGUCGACGGCGCUACGAUAAACCGUUGGAGGGACGCGAAUUUGAUAUGAAUUAUUUUACACAAGAACAAAUUGGUGUUGCAAAUACAUACAGCAAUGAUAUUAACAAUGAUAAUGGCAGUGGAGCUGGCACGAAUGGUUAUAGUGGUAAGAGUCCUUUUGGCAAAAGUCGCUUUCAGGGCCGCAAUAGCAGUCAAAAUGGCGGUCAGAUGCAAACACAGCGACGACGUCGCCCUCAAACACCAAAUGUAACGGUACCGCAAACAGUACACACACUGCAAACGCCAGCAUCAGCGACGUCAUCGUCGACAACGCGACCAACAACCAUGCGAACAAUGCACGGCAUGCGAACUACAACAAUCAACAGCAGAGACCGAGAUUCAGUGGCGAACACUACAGCGACUAAUGCCAAAACAACCAUAAAUGACGUAGCUACAACAUCAUCCACCACAAUGACGCGUUUGCAGUGGUCAACAACAAAUUCACCGUCAGAUAGCAAUGGCGUUUCCGGUAGCAGUGAGGCGACCACUAAAGAUCCACAUGCGGACGAACAGUCGCUCAACAAUGUUGGCCAAAAAGAAAUCUUCACCGGCUUGGGCAGCGCGCACAACGCUGACCCAUUUCAACAGCAAAAAGGCCAACCAGCCGAAUGUUAUUGUGAGCCGGAUACACAGAGUUAUGUGGAUUCAAAGGAAAUUGCGCGCGAGGCACGUCGUAAGCUGAAAGAAGAGCGUCAGCGCAAAAAGGAACGGAAGCGCAUUAAGAAGGCACGUCUGGAGAAGGAAUGCCUUUCAGAGAAAAUGAAUUGUUUCUCCCAUGACAAUAUGCAUUGGCGUACGGCGCCACUUUGGAAUGAUAGUCCCUUCUGCUUCUGCAUGAAUGCCAACAACAAUACUUAUUCAUGUGUGCGCACUAUAAAUGCAACACACAAUUAUUUAUACUGUGAAUUCACGACGGGCCUGAUAACGUUUUACAAUUUGAAAAUUGAUCCCUUCGAAACACAAAAUCGAGCAUCAACACUAACAAACGAAGAGAAAUCGUAUAUGCAUGAUACUUUGGAAAAGCUGAAAGGAUGUCGCGGAAAAAGCUGUACAAUCAAACGGCAUCAAACCCAGCAUCAUCAACAGCAAAAUGAAAGUGCGCUGCGCUCGGUGCAAAGGGGCACCAAACGAAAACAAGGACUUGCCCAAAGUGCCUCGGGUGUCAGUUCAUUUAUUUCCAGUCGCUUAGACUAUGACGAGCCUCUGGCAAAGCGAAGAAAACUAUCAAAGUGGUCGACGCAUACAAAUUUGAAACGUAAGCCAUGGAAGCAACAACAUCACUACCAUCGGCAGCAACAACAACAGCAGCUCUACUAUCGGCAACAACAUUUGCGUCAUCAUACCGGCAAUGCUGAAGGCGAAGCACAAGCAGGCAUGAGCGAGGCGGUUGAUGCAAUGGAGCCGGUGAAAACUUUGCGGCGUAAUCGUUUCCACCAAGAAGUAAAUAGUCCAACUAUGCAACAACGACAACAGCAGCAGCAGCAAGCACAAAACGAAAAGAGUUUGCUAAGUAAUGAUGGCAGGCAAAGUGAUAGCUCGGAGCGAAAAUUGAUUGCCAACCAAAAAGCAACGACAACGGUCAGCCCAGAGUCGGGGGAAGCGCAAACUUUUACCAAAGUUGUAGAUGUUAAUGAUACUAAAGUGACAGCAACAGCAACAACGGCAUCAACACUAGCGACUACAACAACAACAACAACCACACCCAUACUUACAGCAGCAAUAUAAAUUAUGAAAUCAAAAUUGGCAGCAUGGAGCAUAUCUAUCGCAUAUCCCUAAACAACAUACACCAACAGCAUACAUAUAUAGAUUUAUUGAGUUACUUACAUAUGAUGUACGCUCAAAAGUAAA